GCGUCCUCAACCUUGAUGGGCCUGUGCUGAUGAUGGUGAGGUUAAUCCUUGAUUCAUUAAAUCUGCUCUAGUCUCGUUUGAUUCGCGAAUCGCGCCAGUUCGGUUUUUAGGAAGUGUUUUGUGGUUCUGCCGUGAUUAAUUUGUGAGGAGAAGGAAAAGCAAUCUGCGUCAUCGAUCCAGCUGCAUCAAGGCUGCACAAACGUGUGUACAACCGAUAGUGUUUGUAAACAAUACCGUUGGCGAGGAGGAAAGCCACAACAGAAACCACCACGUGACUACUCUCCGGUGAGCCAGCCACCAAACGAACGAGAGCGCGCGGCGCGAUAUCAAACGCACACCAGCGUAAAUAACCCUACUCUGUGCUGUUCUCCCACGUCGCGGCAUCUGCUGCAAGGAAAUUCGCAACCAUGUCGCUCAGUCAGGUUUUGAACGUCUGCCCAAGGAGUGCCCUCACUGGACUGGGAUUAGUUGCAUCCAGUAGUGGAACAGCAGCAGCAGCGAAGAGAAGUGUGGGUCGCAUAUCAACGUUAUUGCUAUCGUCGUCGUCGCCCCUCAGCCAGCAGCAAGACUCUCGGAACAUGUCGACGUCGCCGUGCGCCUACAAGCAAUGCAUCACGCUGGAGAACAUCAAUCCGGCCAUCAAGCUGAUGGAGUAUGCCGUCCGUGGUCCGCUCGUAAUCCGGGCCGCGGCCAUCGAGAAGGAACUGGAGAAGGGCGACAAGAAACCCUUCAAAGAAGUGAUCCGAGCCAACAUCGGCGAUUGCCACGCCAUGGGACAGGAACCGAUUACAUUCCUUCGUCAGGUUCUCGGUCUGGUAGCCUAUCCACCGCUGUUCGACGACAAAUCAAUUCCGCAGGAUGCCAAGCAACGCGCCCGCGAGAUUCUGAACGGCUGUAAGGGCCACUCUGUCGGUUCAUACACCGAUUCGAACGGAAUCGAAAUCAUUCGGAAACACGUUGCGCAGUACAUUCAGGACCGCGAUGGCGGAAUCCCGUCGGACCACAACAACAUCAUCCUCUCGGCCGGUGCGUCCGGUGGCAUCAAAGUGCUCAUGUCUCUGCUCAGGUGUCCAAUCGAUGGCAAAACUCCCGGUGUGAUGAUCCCCAUCCCGCAGUACCCUCUAUAUUCGGCCACCAUUGCCGAGUUCGAGAUGGAACAGGUCGGGUAUUAUUUGGACGAAGCGAACAAAUGGGGACUGGACAUUUCCGAGUUGGAGCGAUCGCUGAAGGAGGCCAAGAAGACCUGUGCGCCACGGAUAUUGGUCGUGAUCAACCCCGGCAACCCGACCGGACAGGUGCUGGCGCGUGAAAAUAUCGAAAACAUUAUCAAAUUCGCGCACAAGGAGAAGCUGGUGCUGUUCGCUGAUGAGGUCUACCAGGACAACGUCUACGAGAAGGGAUCCAAAUUCCACUCGUUCAAGAAGGUGCUGAUGGAGAUGGGCGCCCCGUACAACCAGAUGGAACUGUGCAGCUUCAUGUCUUGCUCGAAGGGUUACAUGGGCGAGUGCGGUAUUCGCGGUGGAUACGCUGAGAUCAUCAACAUGUGUCCGGACGUAAAGGCCAUGCUGCUCAAAUGUAUUUCGGCUCAGCUUUGCCCGACCACCAUCGGACAGGCCUGCAUGGAUGUGGUGGUGAACCCGCCCAAACCAGGAGAGCCAUCCUACGAUCUGUUUAUCAAGGAAAAGAACGCCGUGCUGGCCUCGCUGAAGGUACGUGCCGAGAUGGUGGCCGAUACGUUCAACUCGAUCGAGGGAUUCUCGUGUAAUCCGGUGCAGGGCGCGAUGUACGCUUUCCCACAGAUUCGGCUACCGCAGAAGGCCAUCGAGGCGGCCAAGAAGGCUGGCCAGGCCCCGGACGUAUUCUAUGCAUUCCAGCUGUUAGAGCAAACCGGUAUUUGCAUUGUGCCCGGCGCCGGAUUCGGCCAACGCCCCGGCACUUAUCACUUCCGCACCACCAUCCUGCCGCAACCGGCCAAGCUAAAGGAAAUGCUGGACAUGUUCCGGGCGUUCCACGAAAAGUUCCUGAAGCAGUACAAGUAGAGCGAUCGUCUCUAAGCGGACGACGACCAUCACGAUCACCAACCACUCAUAUACAGGCAAUACUGAACCUCAGCCAUUUGCAGCGCUUCAACGGGACGCAACUUUUGCAACUUCAACUCGAGUCAGACAUUGUGAGUCGUUGGUUUGAGAAACCAACUGUUUUCAAUUAAGCUAAAUAUAAUCUAUGUACACUACCACAGCACAUGUAACCUAUCUAGAGAAGAAAGUGCGACUCGCACCGCAUGUUAUACAUACAAUGUCCGUAUUACGACGUCGAUCUGAUCGGCGCAAAACGAACUCGAGAUUUAUUACAUAUAUAGAACUGCUCGCCACAGGGACCAUGUGUCCAGAUCAGGUUUUAGGUGGGAUUAGAAUUUUGUAUGCUAGAAAGCCUUCACCGACGGAGAAGGCCUAGAUGAGUUAUGCCCCUGUUCAACCCCAUUACAUCAAAUCAUCAUAUCUCGUGCAACGAGUCAGAUUUUGUGGCAGUUUGUUUUAUGAAUAGAAUUGCGUACCAAAACAUGUUAAUGGAAGUUACUCAUCACAAAAUUGUUAGAAAUUCUUGGGCCCUUUGAUUUUACGUUCAUUUUAAUGUCACAGGCUUUGUUUGUACUUUUAGUGUGUAAUUUUAAAAGAACAAUUUGAGCAAAAAUUGGUAAUCAGAAAUGAUGGAUAAAAAGACAAUAAUAUAUUUUUUGUGCUUAUACUUUCCGUGUGGAGGAAACAGUUCUCCAAAAAAAUUGGCCAAUUGAAACAAAUGUAAUUCUUCAUAUAAAUGUAUUUUAACGCGUUACUGUAGCAAAAAAAGAUAUCAAAAAGCGAUUAGAGUUUGGAAGAGAAUAAUUAGAUAUGUACAACUGCCAUGUACCUUAUAACCUGUAUUAGUUGCUCAUUGAUUGUCACUUCCAUGUGUAAAAAUGCAAAAAGGAAAUAAAAAAAAACAAUUGUAGACAUUA